UUAAGUUUCCGAUUCCUAAAAAUCACAUGACCGGGUGAAGGCGUGGGAUUGCAUUGUUGCUGUAGCUGGCCGUGAACUGGAUGCAUUUCCGGAUUCCUCAUGAUUUAUUCCAUUCAGUAGGACGACUUGCGGCGGUGCUCUCGGGGAUCUUGGUGUUUUCUCCAAAAUAAAGUUCCCGCAUUAUCUCCCGAUUGCAAUGGAGGAUCCGGCGGUGUUGGUGCUGAAGCGGGCGGUAGAGCUGGAUACGGCGUCUCGCUUCCAGGAGUCGCUGGUUUGCUACCAGGAAGGCAUCGAUCUCCUGCUGCGGGUACUUAAAGCCACAAAAGAUGAGAAGAAAAAGGCUCACUACAGAAAUAAAAUAACAGAUUAUAUGAACAGAGCAGAAGAUAUUAAGAAAUAUCUUGAGAAAGAGAAAGAAGAGGGAAAGUACCACAAGCAAAUCAAAAUUGAAGAAAAUAUGAAAGGUUUCAGUUACGAAAAGCUAUUUCAAGAAUACCUUAAUGAAACUGUUAUAGAGGUUUGGGUUGAGGACCCUUAUAUUAGACAAGUCCAUCAGUUGUACAACUUCUUAAGAUUCUGUGAAAUGCUUGUUAAAGGACCAUGCAAAGUGAAAACUAUACACCUUCUUACCUCUCAUGAUGAAGGCAAUGAGAAGAGUCAGCAGACAAGUAUUCUAGAAGAAAUACAACAGUCACUGAAGGAUUUUGGUGUAACAUUAAAUGUAUCAUACUCUUCUGCUAUACAUGAUCGAGAGAUCAGAUUCAACAAUGGAUGGGUAUUCAAAAUUGGAAGAGGUCUUGAUUACUUUAAGAAACCACAGGGUCGUUUUUACCUUGGAUACUGUGACUUUGAUUUGAGACCAUGUCAUGAAACUACUGUGGACAUUUUUCACAUUAAACAUACAAAGAAAACGUGAUUCCCAUUCCAGUUUACUCCCUUUUCUCAAACAUGAGCUGCUUUUCCUACUCUAUUUACUGUACACUUUUAUUUUUAAAAACUGUUGUACAGUAUGCCUACAUGAAAAUUUUACAGUAGAAUUUCAUGCUCUUACAAAGUACUUGUCGUUCUUAAAGUGAAGACCACUGCUCUGAUUUUAUAUGUUUGUGUUGAACAAGCUUUUUUUAUUCUUAUUAAUACAUCAGAGGUGGGGAACAUAUGGUUUCCUAGAAGUUGUUGGACUGCAAAUCCCAUCAUCCCUCAUAAUCAGCUGUGCUGCCUAGGGCUAAUGGUAGUUGCUGUCCCACAGCAUAUAGCGGGACAGGGCUGUCUGCAUUAUUUGGGCUGUUGGAAAAAGCUUUGGAACUAAAGUUACUGUAUAUCUUUUAGACCUGCCAUCCCACAAAUGUUAUGGAUGGCCAGGUGAGAGUUUCCAUAAAGCUGGAAAAUAUCAAUAAAGUUUCCACUUUAUUUGCAGUUGAAGAGGUAAGAAUUUUAAUUUUGUGAGGAGGAAAUACAUGGCUGACCAGCUGCAUAACCAAAUGUGAGGGAUGAUCAGCAUUCCAGUCCCAUCAACAUCUAGAGAUCCAUAUAUUUGACCUGGCUGUUUAAAUCAUCACGUGGACUGCCUCUUCAUCAGAUAGUUGAUGCUUCAAAGAAACGUGACCUACGCACAAGAGAGAUAUUGAUGUUUCCUAGGACAUCAUUUACAAAUCACUGAGCUGAGUAGAUAUUAUAGGAUUCACCACAGUCUUAUGAAUGUGUCAGAGCAAAACUGGUAAGAGGCUGAAACCAUUUUUAAAAAUUAUGGCCCACUAGAUAUCUCAUUUGGGGGGAAAAUUGAGAUAAAUUGGAAAGAUGGGCGGGGUAUAAAUAAAUAAAAUAAGGGGUUCUAGGGAGAGUCAUGCUCACUCAGGGUUAUCAUAGUAAACUGAUGUUGUUACUCCCCAACAAUGGAGUUUCCUUGCUUGGGGACAAUGAUGCAAAUGCAGUCUGUGAAAGCUUCCCUCCCAUUAUGUAGAUGGCCAGAUUCCAAAGAGCAGUUUACAGAGAUACAGUAAUCUGGUAUCUGCAUAGCAUGAUUUGAGUAUACUGAUGGCAGAAAGAGCAUUCCUGAGAAACUCUGUAUAUGGUGGUUUAUUUCAGUCUUACUUUCAAAGUCUUUCUCUUCUAAACACACCAAAGUCGUCUUUCUAAUAACUAUUAGGGAACACUAAUUCAUCAGUCUUAUUUUGGAACCAGUCUCAGUAGAUUAGGUUAGAAUGUUUCAAAUAACUGAAUUAAGGAUCUCAUUCUUAUGUUUAAACCACUGUGCCUGAAAAACAGUGCAUACUCAGUAUUUCAUGUAUGUACAGUGUCAUGUAGGAAUACAGCAGGAGUAAACUGCCACAUUUAGAACUCUUAUUCUCAAUGUCUCCCGGUGCAUUUACAAACUGCUUUAUUGCUGCUGUUUCGAUUUUUUUCACCUCUCAACCUUUAUUUCUGUUUUAAUUUGUAGAAUUUUAAGCUCUUAUGAGAAUCAUUCUAGCUUGUUUGCAAAAUGUUGUAUGUCAGGAAUGAAUAAAGUUAACACUGGUAAGCAGUGAUAAUAAAACAUUUUAGAUUCAACUGAGCUGUGAUACAUUAAUAAACCAAUGACAAACAGAAGUGGCCUUGUCCACGGAAACUCACAUUAAACUAUGGCAAUUA